AUGCCGGCUGCUUCUCGGCUUGCGUGUGUCUGCCCCGAGCGGUGGCCAAACGGAAGUCUUAUUGUACCUUCCAAGCCGAUGAUCUAUUCAAAUGAUGGAUCACCAAUCACCUCUUCCGCUUACCCACUUUGCUCUGUACUGACGCUCGGAUCACGUGAUGAAACGUCACGCUAUCCAAUUCGCGCCAAAUCACACCAAUUCACUUCAAUGCCUCUUUUAUGUAUUUCGCAAUCACUAAACGGACGCGAAUUUGUGUGGGCAUUGCUGGGACUUUGUAGAGCACUCGUCUAUUUUUCUUUCUUAUCAAUUUCUUACUUUCUUUUAAUCCUUUAUCUUCUUUCUUUCUUUCCUUCUUUCUUUCUUUCCUUCUUUCUUUCUUUCUUUCUUUCUUUCUUUCCUAUCUUCUUUUCUUUCUUUCUUUCUUUUAAACCUUAUUCUUUCUUUCUUUUUUUCUCUUCCUUAUAA